UUUGUCAUUUAAAUCAUGGUCGAAACCGGGCUCAUCGUUGCAUAUGGAUCGCUGCUUACCAUGGCAUGCAUCCCGAUCUAUGCAGGAUCGUUUGAGUCACUGAAAGGCGUUAAGCGACCCAAGAAUGCCGCUCCUCGCAAGAAGAGCAAUAAUCCCUUGGACGAUUCUGACUCAGAGUCAGAGUCAAUUACAGAAAGUCUGUCAGCGAACGAUGCUUGGAUGUUCCCUGUGUUCGGCUCAGGCGUUCUGUUUUCUCUAUACCUUCUGUUCCGCUUCUUGAAUAAGGAAUACAUCAAUUACUUACUCACCGGCUACUUUGCUAUCCUUGGAUGCGCAGCUGUCGCGAAGGUCGGAUUGCUUCUCGCUAAGAAAGCUUUGCCUUUCAGCGUUCUCAAGCAUGUUGAAAAAUAUAAGGUUACCAUUAGCAAGCAAGGAAAACAUCUAUACAAUGCCAACUUCACUGCCGUCCAUGCCGGUCUUUUGACAACUUCUAUCCUUCUCACUGUCUACUACGUGCUGACCAAGAAUUGGAUUGCAUCAAACUUUUUCGGCAUUUGUUUCGCCCUAAAUGCUAUACAACUCUUGUCUUUAGACUCUUUCAAGACUGGUAUGAUUCUCCUCAGCGGACUCUUCUUCUAUGACAUUUUCUGGGUGUUUGGUACCGAGGUUAUGGUUAGCGUCGCUAAGAACUUUGAUGCACCUAUCAAGGUCGUAUGGCCCAAGGAUAUCAUUGGUGUCCUGGCUGGGACAGUUGAAAAGACUGAGUUUACAAUGCUGGGUCUUGGUGACAUCGUUAUUCCAGGUAUCUUCGUAGCCUUGUGCUUGAGAUUCGAUCACCACCAGGCUUGGCAACGCAACCCUACCGGCAACUUCCGCUCCACAAACUUUAGCAGACCGUACUUCACUUCCUGCGCUAUAGCUUAUAUUACUGGCCUGGUCACUACCGUUGUUGUCAUGCACACCUUCCAAGCUGCCCAACCUGCAUUACUAUACCUUUCCCCCGCUUGUAUUUUGUCAACGUUGCUUACCGCUGCUGUACGUGGCGAAAUCAAGGAGCUCUUUGCUUAUUCGACCGAAGAAGAUAACGAGGAGGCUAAGAAGAGCAAAAAAUCUGAGAAGAAGGAAGAAACUGUAAAGGAAGAGAAGAAGACAGUGGAGACUGUAGAUACUGUAGAGGAAACCGACAAGGCUGACGAAGCUGACGUUGAAGAUGAAGACUAUGUUGCUGUGAACGCCGAUGACAGCAAAGGCGCAUCUCCCAAAGCCUCCAAGAAGAAGAAGGGAAGUAAGAAAAAAAGUGGAAAAUAAAUCAUAGAAACGGUCUCAUAUGUACAUUGAUCAAGCUUGCCAGCUUGACAGAAUUCUCCUUCCCCAUAUCAUUUUUUUUUUGACAAACUAAAAAUGGCUGUUGAAAUAUUUACAAUGGCACAAACGUUUUAUUAUAUGAUCAAUCUGUAUAAUCCAGCAGAAAUAAACACUGGAAAAAGAUAAAAUAAGUAAGGA